CUUUGUUGCUUAUCAGGUGCUUUGUGGAUGCCAAGGCUACGGCUUCCAGCUCCCACUUCAUGCCUCGAACCCAGGAAGACCAGAUCCGGUUCCAGCUGGAGGCCUUCAUGUUCCAGGGAGCAUACAGUCCUAUCUACAUAACGUGUAUUGUGAAGGCCACUCUUGCUUCUGCACCCAGUGAUGCUCUCCGCAAGUCCUGUUCCUUUUCCAAUGGGUGGCUUGCUGCUGAUGGGAACCACCAGGCUUGUGGUUGCUGUGACUCAAAAUGUGGUCCUGAUGGUGGAAAUGCUGCUCUUUUUGGGGGCAUUCAGUGGGAAGGCAAUGCCUCACUUGGUCCUGUAAUGGUUAAAGAGCGACACAAGACUUCAGCUGGUUUUCAGUAAAUUGGGGGGGAACCUAUUGCUGGUUUUCAAUAAAUGGAAAAACCUA